AUGCCGCAAGUCGCGGAAUCUCCGUUCUCGGAGAGCCUUCAGGAGGAACUACGAGUCGCCAUCAAGAUCCUCGCGGCGAGGUUGCAACGAGAGAAGCCCAUGAGCCGCCAGGAGUUCGAGAGGUUCGAGUCCGCCGUGGGCGUCAUCGUCGAGGAUGCCCUGCCGUUGCAGAAGCUGCCUUCGCCGGCAUCCCCGGCAAGCCCUGAAGCGGCGGCGGCGGUGGCGGCGGCCCCUCCGCGACUAGCGGUGACGCAGUCCCCCGUACCCAACGCCGACAGCGAUGGAGACGAUGAUGAUGACUUCGAAACGGAGGGGCCAGAGUGGGAUGCCGAAAAGGUACAGUACGGUCUGCCGAUGGGAGCGCGGAACACGUACGACAUCGACGACAUGGAGAAGAUGAACCCGGAAGAGUACCAGGCAGCGCUCAGGGAAAAGGUGGUGGAGAGAGCGCAGUCCGUACGAAAAACGGGAUCAUACGGGAACAUUGUCUCGAACGAGUAUCUAAAGUUUUUGGGCAAGAACCCCAAGACCGGCGACGAAAAGUUCAAGAAAAACGAGGAGUUUGUGAAGAGCAAGGGUCGCGAGGAUUUCCGGUCGUACGGACGGAACGCAAGCGCAAAACAAUAAGAGCUACUACUCAUGCCGCAAGUGGUGUUUUGUGUGCCAUCGUGGUGCUGAUUCCGGCUCGUUCACCGAAGGGCUGACUACGGUCGGGUUGGGAAACACUUGCCAUCAAAGACAAUCGGUGCGGCUGCCGCGGCAGUGUGGAGCCGCGGUUCAACGGACGAUCGAAGAGUGUCAGCAUCUUUACGUUUAGCCUGCUGCUGCUGUGGUUUAGGUACGGUGAGAGGAGAGGGCGUUUGCUCUGUUCCUGGGGGUUGGGCCUUCGAGCACGGUGCACAUGCUCCCCUUGACAUGUCUUCUCUGGGUGAUUGUGUGAUGGUGAUUGGUGUCUCGCCGGAAGAACUGUGGACGGAACACUGUGCUGCCUUCGUUACAUGCUGACGUCUGCGGUGGGUGGUGGUUGCUGGGCAGUGACCUUGACCGGGGUAUUGCUAUAAGAAAGGGUUCAAUUUUGUGUUUCAUUGUCACUCUUGCAAGCCUGGUCUUUCGUCAGAGACCGAACAAGAAAUUAUGCAGGAGGACGGGGCCGAGAAGAGCCAAGGGUCCCAAUGCAGCGAAAGCAGCCCUUGGGAAGACUUGCGGGAAUACAGAUGGGAUACCCGGGGUACAAAGAAUCGAUGACGCGGCAUGAAUCGUUAUUUGAGCUGUCCUGCUUACCACGGGCUGUUGAAAUGGCCCGAGCAAUUGUGAGCGCUCGUGAGGUUUCCUUUUCAGGGGGGCGUUGCGAGGCGAACCCCGUCUUGCGUCCCGGACGGACUGCUAAGGGCCGUGCGCCGAGGCGUGUUUCUGUCAUGAUGACGUCACGACCUGCUGCUGGCGAGACGAGGCCACUCUCUUUCCGUUUCAACAUCUAAGCUGCCGAGUUUUAUCUUGGAUGGAAAAAGCACCGCAGGAAAAGGAUCUACAGAACUGCUUGUAGAUUCAGCUUGAUGGAGGUCGCUCGA